AUCCAAAGCCAAGAUGAGACAAAAGAAUCCACCUGUCUCAUUCCCCCGUUCAUGUCUUCAGGAUCCUAAUUACAAGCCAAGAAAGCGCCACCUUGUUUCCCUUGCAAACCAAGCAAGAACCAAUUUCUCCCCCUCUUCCUCUCUCCCCUCUUCGUCUGAUGAAUCAUCCACACCAAAUUCAAAUCCAUGCAAACAGCUCGCGUUCCUGCUGCGAGUCAACCCUAAACCCCAAAAGCGAACCCCGAAAUUACCCUAAUUCCCAUCAUACAUUUAGAAAAUUAACAAUAAAUAGCGCAGAUGAUGAGGAAAGUGCGAAGGAAAAUUAGCAGAGUCUCGUCCGUCAUCCUCUCUCAAUCUCUCAGUUCUUAUUUUAACGCCGACAAGAAGAAGAAACCAUCCUCACCUUCUCCUCCACCGCCGCCGCCGCCACCUGCAGCCAACAUGCCAUUCCACCACCGCCACCACCAUCACCCUCCGUCCACCGCACCGCUCCCCACCGCCCCCUUCCUCUUCCCGAGAGCCAACUCCACCGUCCUCCCUGAUCCAUCCGCCUUCUUCUCCCCCUCCCUCCUCUGCUCCCCUCUCCCCACCAACUCCUUCUUCCAGAACUUCGUCCUCAACAACGGGGAUCAGGCGGAAUACAUCCACCCCUACCUCAUCAAACCCUCCUCCUCCUCCUCCCUCACCUUCUGCUAUCCUUCUCGCUUCCAUAUCCCCGCCUACGUUUACCAGUCCUUCACCCCCGAUCUCACCAUCGGCGCCGCAGAUGGCGGCGCCCGCCACGUCGUCUCCGCCUUCGACGAUCUCAGCGUCACCCUCGAUUUCCCCCCUUCGCUCCGCUUCUUUCUCGUCCGCGGAAGCCCCUUCGUCACCUGCUCUACCACUACCACCACCACGAUUUCCAUCUCCUCCGUCAACGCCUUCAUCGAUGUCUCCGCCAACGCCUCCUUCACCAAGCACACUCUCCGCCUCAACAGCGGGCAGACCUUCCUCUGCUACUCCUCCGCGCCGAUGCGCCUCGCGCAGCAGGGCAACUCCCUCCUCUCCGCCCCAGGCUUCGCCGGUGUCGUGCGCCUCGCAGCUCUCCCUGAUCCCGCCUAUGAGCCCGUCCUCGAUCGGUUCAGCGCCUGCUAUCCGGUCUCCGGCGAAGCCUCCUUCACCCGGCCCUUCUCUGUGGAGUACAGGUGGGAGAAAAAGGGAUGGGGCGACCUGCUUCUCCUUGCCCAUCCCCUCCACCUCCGCCUCCUCUCCUCCGACGACUGCCGCGUCACCGUGCUCGACGAUUUCAAGUACAAUAGCAUCGACGGCGAACUCGUAGGGGUCGUCGGCGAUUCGUGGACUCUCAAGACCGACGCCAUCUCGCUCGCCUGGCAUUCGACAAAAGGCCUGAAUGAGGAAGGCUAUGCUGAGAUUAUCUCCGCCCUCUCUAAGGAUGUCGACGGUCUGGCUUCUGCUCCCAUCACCACCACCUCCUCCUACUUCUACGGCAAGGCGAUCGCCCGUGCCGCUCGUUUAGCCUUGAUCGCAGAGGAAGUUGGUUUCCCAGACGUCAUUCCCUUCGUGCGACAGUUCUUGAAGCAAACCAUCACUCCAUGGCUGGACGGCAGCUUCAACGGCAACGGAUUCCUGUAUGACACAAAAUGGGGAGGAAUUGUCACCAGGCAGGGAUCCACCGACUCGGGUGCCGAUUUCGGUUUCGGAAUCUUUAACGAUCACCAUUACCAUCUGGGAUACUUCCUCUAUGCGAUUGCCGUGCUCGCCAAGCUUGAUCCGGCAUGGGGCAGGAAAUACAGGCCUCAGGCCUACUCCAUGAUGGCUGAUUUCAUGACCCUGUCCCGGAAGCAACAUGCCAACUACACCCGGCUCCGGUGCUUCGAUCCCUGGAAGCUGCAUUCCUGGGCAGGAGGGCUCACCGAAUUCGCAGACGGCCGUAAUCAAGAGAGCACCAGCGAGGCUGUGAACGCCUACUAUUCAGCAGUUCUCAUGGGACUGAGCUUCGGGGACACCCACCUGGUGGCAAUCGGCUCGACGCUCACCGCCUUUGAGAUUAAAGCCGCAGAGAUGUGGUGGCAUGUGAGGGAGGGGGAAGGCAUCUAUGAGGACGACUUCAGUAGGGAGAAUAGAGUGGUGGGAGUGCUGUGGAACAACAAGAGGGACAGUGGCUUGUGGUUUGCUCCUCCUGAAUGGAGAGAAUGCAGGCUGGGGAUUCAGGUCUUGCCGCUGCUGCCCAUCACCGAAGUCCUGUUCCGCGACGUUAGAUUCGUAAAGGAACUAGUCAAAUGGACUGUGCCUGCUUUGGCAAGGGAAGGAGUUGGCCAAGGUUGGAAAGGGUUUGUCUAUGCUCUGGAAGGCAUGUACGAUAGAGAGACGGCGUUGGAGAAGACGAGAAUGCUAACUGGGCACGACGACGGCAACUCCCUUUCUAAUUUGCUCUGGUGGCUUUACAGUAGGGAUGCCAGUGCCGCUGAGCAAAGCAGCUUCGGAUGGGUCAGAGAUGGUUGGUUUGGCCAUUACUGCCAUUGAUGAGAGUGGCACUUUGGUAAGAUGUUAAAUGCUUCCUGCAUGCUUUCUUUUCGUUAUAAAAUCGAUGAGAACAUGAAGAUCAGAAGAUUGCAAACCUGCCGCAGUUGAUUUCUUCUUUGCUUGAUACAGUGCUACUAUGUCAUUUUAUUUCUUUUUUUAUGUGUGUGAUAUGAUUGUUAUAAUCUACAAAAGGAUUAUUCGCAUUAUAAUUGAGAUGAUUGAUGACUCUUUUGUGUGCUCA